GUAUUUUUUAGCCAAUUUUGGUGUUGUGUAGUCGCAGAUACAAAUUAAUGAAUAUGAAUGCUUAAAUUUCAAUUAAUAUUACGUGAAAACGCACGCUUGCGCGGUAAACUCGUGUUACGCUGUACGGAACUGAACGCCACUUGAGCCAUUGUAGACGCGCCCCCAAACUAGUGAGUGUGUGCGGACGAUUGUUUGUGUCGAUGUAACUACUGUAGCUGUAUAAAAGCAGAGGUCAAAAGUGCACGCAGCCCAGAGAAAAGUGGAGAAUUGAGUGGUCAGCGUAUACAAAUUGUGACGUAAAUGGAAGACAGCACUACAAAUAUGCCUAUUGGUUGUGGCCAAUUGGCCGUAACAAUUAACGAGCGUACUAUGGCCAUUGUUUUUGUUAUGCACAACGUAUAUCCAUAGCUGUGUGAGUGAGUAUAUAUAUAGAGAAAAUAAAUCUACCAAUGUUAGGAGUAAAAACGUAGAUAAUUCAUAUUUACAAAAAUAUAAAAAUAAAAUACAAAUAAAAAACCUAUAAUUAAAUGUGCCAAUCAAAUGAAUUGCCGAGCUAAAAAAUGUAUUGCAAUCACAUACUGCAUAGCAUAAACGUGAGUUGAGAAAACCUCAGAUUUGUUCGCACCUGGUCACACUACAAAAUUCAAAAAAAGUUCAUUUUUAUCUUCUUAAAAUCCAACAACAAAGAAACGUAACAAUUAGUCAAAAAAAAUGAUGUUGAACAAAUACGAAAUCUAUCAACGCACAAACAACAUGUUCCAACAACAACAAUUACAACAACAUCAACAGCAACAGUUACAACAACAACAUCAACAGCAGCAGCAACAGGCGUCGCAGCAAGCAUCGCUGCAGCUCUCCCACUCGCACCCGCACGCCAUAUCCUAUCUGGACAGCGCUGCCAGCAGCACUGUCGGCAGCACUGCAGCAGAACUGGCCGCCAUGUUGGCAGCCAGCAAAGCGGAAAGGGAGUCCAUACAUUCGGGACAAUUUAUGGUCUCACACUUUGAGGCCGAGGAAGCACAAGAUGACUUGGAGGAUGAUGGCGAGGUGAAGAUGUUGGAUCCCGAGGAUCCGAGUCUCGAUAAGCCCGGCGCCGCGACCAAUACCUGCCGCGACGUGCAGCUAUAUGUGCCCCAGACAGUGGCUCAUUUUCCACGCAUGGAUUUGGAUCGCGAAUGCGAUGAUAAUAGCAUGGGCAUGAGCGUCACCUCCCACCUAGAGAUCGAGACGUCGCUGACCAAGCUCUUCAAAUGCAUGAAUCUGGCCUACAGCCAAAAACUUACAUCUCCCAAAUGGAAUCAUUUUAAAGGCGUUCGUUUGCGAUGGAAGGAUAAAAUACGACUCAAUAAUGUCAUCUGGCGUUGUUGGCAUAUGCAAUUUAUACAAAAGCGCAGAACACCGGUGUGUCAAUUCGCAUCACCACUGGACGUUGACAUACAUAGUAAUCCCCAAACCGUUGUGCUUGAGGGAAAAUAUUGGAAACGUCAUGCAGCUGUUAUCAAAGCCGAAUAUAGAAAAUGGCGCAAAAAUUAUAAAUCAAAAGCAACUGGCUGCUUGACUUAUGAUUCGAAAAGUGAAUUGGACUUUUUGGAAUGGUCUCCGCUAAACGAUAGAAACUUAAUGCCAGAGGACUGGACAACGGACACAUUGUUCUCGGCAAUAAAUGGACCAUUUCCAUUCCCAGAUUCCAGAGAGAUCGCACGCGGUGCAGGCAUUGCGGAUUUUAUACAGCCAAGUCUGGGGCCAUUGCAGCCGAAUUUAGAUGAUAUCGAUCUUACCCUGUCAGAUUUGCUCACUACAACCGGCUCACGCUUGCCACCCGUGCCCGAGGAGGGCACCGAUGCGGAGAUGCUCAAGAACGACGACUAUUGCCUGCAGGCGAUCGUAGGUGCUCCGCACACGCUCUACAGCAACGACAACAUGAUGGAGGUGGUGGCCAGCAACAGUGGCGGCGGCAGUGCUCAAGUGGAUGCCAAUAUGUUGGAGCUGAAUACGCCCAUUGGCAACAUGCCUUACGGCGACAUUGAGCAACAGUUUGUGUCGACGCGCCAGCAAGCUAUCAGCGAUACGCAGCAGCAACAUUUGCUGAACGAUAGUCAGCCGACACGUCUGCAUGCGGGCAAACAUUUUGGCGCGAUCGGCGGCAGUGAUAGCAGCAGUCGUUGCUCCCCCAACGACAGCUUCUCCAGCAAGAGCGUCAUCAACGGGCGCAUCGCCAAGAAUACGCAGCGUCUCAUACGACGCGAGCCGCACAACUAUGAUAAGGCGCAGCCGACGCUGCAUCAGACGACAAUUUAUCAGCAGCUGCUGGCCGAGCAGCAAAAGAAUCAACAGCAGCAACAACAACAACAACAGCAGCAGCAUUUGAGUGGUGGUGCCGUAUUGCAGCCAUUUCAGACGCCCCAAGAGCAACAGCAGCAACAGCAACUGUUGCAGCAACAACAACAACAACAGCAGCAACAGCCGCGCUUGCUCUUUCCCACACAGCAACAGCAACAAAACGCUUACAAUACGCAAAGUUUCUUAAGUACCUAUGCAGACGGUUAUCAGCAGCAACAGCAACAGCAACAGCAGCAGCAGCAACAGUUGCCCACACAACAGCAGCAGCAGCAGCUCAGCGUCAAGGUGGAACCACAUCAAACAGAUGUUAUGUCUUUGCUGAACGACAGCUCCUACAACUCCAUUAGCUACAAGCCAUAUCCGCAGUUUAAGAAGUCCGCAUCCACGGGCACGUUUUUGAACGUGCCACGCGUCUCCCAGCAGCAGCAGCAACAGUCGCAACAACAAACCUACAUGCAACAGGAACAGCAAUUGCAAAUGCAACAGUCGCUGCCUUUGAGCCUGGGACUAAGUCCGCAGCAAAUCAUGCAGCUAACACGCCAGCAACAGGCAGCCAACACACAACAACAGCAACAACAACAACAGCAGCAGCAACAACAUAUGCAGCUGCAACAACAAACUGUCUCCAGUCUGCUGCUGCCCCAGCAACCCGCUGUCAGCCUCUUGCCCAAGGAGAUGCAUCGCUCCAAUAGCUUGCCGCUGAAUGUGUCGCUGCCCAAGCCCCUUCAUCACGAGCAGCAGCAACAGCAACAGCAGCAACAGUUCAUCGUGCCCAAGUAUCACGUGAAGGGCAAAUCCCGUGUGCGCAGCAAUUCGAUGCAUCAACAGCAUACGGUUGUCGCUGCCGGCGGUGGCUCACCCGUCAACAAUGGCCACGCCAGCAGCAGCAGCAGCAGCAACUUGCUGAUUACACAGCAAAUGCAACAGGCCACCAGCGAUCCAAUGCUCAACAGCACACUCGCCCAGCUCCUGACCUCAAAUACACGCUUGCAGGCAGCCGUGGCCAGUAAAACGCAACAGUCCAAUUCUUCCACCAAUGCCAUAGUUAGCAACAGCAACAGCAGCAGUAACAACAACAACAACAACAACCAGCAGCAGCAGCAACAGCAACAGCAAACGCUAUAUGUGAACAAUGCAGCAACAUCGCCAAUGUCUGUGCCGGUGCCAGCGCAACAACAUUCACCAAAGAAGUCCGCCUCGUUGCCGCUGUCGAUUGCUGCGCCUGCACUGCACAGUCCGCCCAUGGCGAAGAUGCUCAGCUUUGGUGGCCAGGGGGGCAAUAGUCUGGGUAGUAAUUUGAGCCUAUCGCCGGACUCGCCGUUCCACGAUUCGCAAGACUCGCCGCUGUCGCCGACGACCAGCCUGAAGUAUCAGCCGCGAGAUACGCAACGUCGCGCCGGCCACAUUCAUGCCGAGCAGAAGCGGCGCUAUAACAUCAAAAAUGGCUUCGAUACACUGCACGCGCUCAUCCCGCAGCUGCAGCAGAACCCCAAUGCCAAGCUGAGCAAGGCGGCGAUGCUGCAAAAGGGCGCCGAUCACAUCAAACAGCUACGGCAGGAGCGCAACGUGCUCAAGGAUAAAAUCGAAGCGUUGCGCAUGGAGCGCGAUGCACUGAAUAACUCCCUGAUGCACCUGCACUCGGUGCUGCCGGCGAAUGGAGCGCCUGUGACGCGGCAGGGCACGGAGAAUGUGCGGCAGCUAUAUGAGUUCCAUGUGCGGUACCACACGAUGAUCGAUUGGAAGUUUUGGAUUCUGGGUCUCAUUCUGGAACCUUUGUUGGCCUCUUACACCUCGACCGUUUCCAGCGCCAGUUUGGAUGAGCUGCGUCGCACCGCUUUCCUCUGGGUGGAUCAGCACUGUUCGCUCAUAGAUCUGCGACCUGCUGUUACGAACAAAUUAAAGUACCUAUCGAUGCACACAGAUAUUGUGUCGGAUCCACCCAGUACCUUGCAGGAGGAAGUGGCGAAGGCUCUGCACAAUACCAGCGGACAGCAUCCCAAUCUGCAUGGCUCCUAACCGUUGUUGCUGCUCGUGAUAUGAAUUUAACCCAAUUGCUACAACAAGUCCAAUGUCAAUGCAAAAUGUUCGUCCUGCUGGGGGCAGCCACGUUCCACAGUCAGCAGCUAAAAAUUGUACAAAAUGCCUCGUGCUGGGGCAGAUUCAUUGUAUAUGUGUGCAUGAAACAGAUGCACCAUCAGCCACCAGCAGAUGUAGAUGCAGCCUUAGCUGCAUCGACAGCUGGCGCUAGGCUAAGCAGCGUGUAGUGCCUAAAAUUCUAUGACUUAAGUGUAAAAUAAACGAUUUUACAAUUUUUUCAAAAA